AGUCCGGUUCCCAGAGCGUGGAGAGCGGUGGCGCCCAGAGGCUUGGCGAGCUCCCCUUCAGGUGUGCGUCCGCGAGCGGCCGAUGCUGUUUGGCACUUAUGGGUGUAAGCAAGUUAGAUAUUCUAUACCGGAGACUUCUCCUCACAAAACUUUUCAUCAGAGGAUGGGGAAGGCCAGAAGAUCUCAAGAGACUCUUUGAAUUCAGAAAAAUGAUUGGAAAUCGAGAAAGGUGCCAGAACCUGGUUUCAAGUGACUAUCCGGUACACAUCGAUAAGGUUGAAGAACAGUCAGAUUGUAAGAUCCUAGAUGGACACUUUGUUUCUCCCAUGGCCCACUAUGUGCCUGGCAUCAUGCCAAUUGAAUCUGUUAUUGCAAGGUUUCAGUUUAUUGUGCCGAAGGAAUGGAACAGCAGAUACAGACCUGUGUGCAUUCAUCUGGCUGGAACAGGAGACCAUCAUUACUGGAGGCGCAGAACACUCAUGGCUCGGCCUAUGAUUAAGGAGGCCAGAAUGGCUUCACUUUUGUUAGAAAACCCUUAUUAUGGCUGCAGGAAGCCCAAGGACCAAGUAAGAUCCAGCUUAAAAAAUGUGUCUGACCUAUUUGUGAUGGGAGGCGCUCUUAUUCUUGAGUCCGCAGCUCUCCUGCACUGGCUGGAGAGGGAAGGUUAUGGACCCCUUGGGAUGACUGGAAUAUCCAUGGGAGGACAUAUGGCCUCCUUAGCAGUGUCCAACUGGCCCAAGCCUAUGCCGUUGAUUCCAUGCCUGUCUUGGUCCACAGCUUCUGGGGUCUUCACUACGGGUGUAUUGAGUAAAUCAAUUAAUUGGCGGGAGCUGGAAAAGCAGUAUUAUACACAGACAGUUUAUGAAGAAGAAAUUAUUCAUAUGCUUGAAUACUGUGGGACAGAUUCUUUCAAAAUGGGACACGAGUUCAUGAAACACUUCCCUAGCAAUGCAGACAAGCUGAGUAACCUGAAUCUGGCUUCCAGAACUUUACAUUUAGAUAUGACAGACCAAGUUGUAUCCCCAAAGCAUGCCGAGUGCCACAAUUCUGGUAAAGCAUCUAUCAGUGCUGCUUCAAAAGGACAGCUGCUGCAAGAUUCAGCUAAGAUGGAAUGCUUGAAUCAAACACUCCCGACUAACAAAAGUUGGUUUGCAAGUUACAACCCUCAGGCAUUUCACCUGCUCGGCAGAGAACGAAGAAGAAGCAAUCGUCAAAAGGAAUCUUUAAUAUUCAUGAAAGGAGUAAUGGAUGAGUGCACUCACGUAGCAAACUUCUCAGUUCCAGUUGACCCAAGCCUCAUUAUAGUGGUACAAGCCAAAGAGGAUGCCUAUAUUCCACGAACAGGAGUUCGAAGCUUACAAGAAAUUUGGCCUGGUUGUGAAAUCCGGUAUCUUGAAGGGGGUCAUAUCAGUGCUUAUCUCUUUAAACAAGGACUCUUCAGACAAGCCAUCUACGAUGCCUUUGAACGUUUCCUUCAUAAAUAUGCUAACUAAUUGGAUCAAUGUAUUGUAUAACAUCCUAUUUCCUACUAAAAGAGUUCACCCUAUGAUGAUGUGAAAAACAAGCAGACAACACUACAUACCUGAUUGUUGCCAAAUUAGUCUGUGUUGCCAGUGUUACGGGUCAGUUACCAACUGUAGAUAAAUUCAGUAAUGUAAAAGCAAUACUUGAAUCAAUCCUGAAGUAUUUGUAACUCUUUAAAAAAAAUCUCAUAUACCUUAUACAACAUCUGUUGUUACUAUUUAUGAAUACAUUUUAAUUGUGAAUAAUUUAUUGAUUCAAAAUAAAUAGAAACUUGGUUUUUAAUAGAAUUGUUGAAACUAAGAUUGUAACAUCACAUAUACUGUAUACUGUUCUAUGGCAGUUUUGCUAUUAACUUGAUUUUAAAAACUUGUGUCUAUCCUUUUUGUCUGUGUUUAUAAUCUGGUUUUCAAAUUUAGGUAAUUUAUUGCCAUAGAAAUACCUAAGAUAUUAAAUCAGUGUUAACUUUGAAUUAAGACAACAUCCUGAGUGCUGAACUGCACCCUAUGCAGUACUCCCAGCACUUGAGAAGUGCAGACAGGAGGGUCAGGGAGCCAGUCAUUCUCUCUUUCAUAGCAAAUUUGAGGCCAGCCUGAGCUACGUUGAGGCCCUGUCUCAAAAAAUAUGCCUGGCAUAGUAGUUCAUGCCUUUAACCCUAUCAGGUUAAGCAGAUCUCGUGAAGUGCCAGGGCUGGGAUCUUCCUUGCCCAGCCUGUCUAGACUCUGAGGCCAGUUCCCAGCACUGCCAAACGAAAAGAAAAGCUGGAGAUGUUUGGGAAAUGGGGGUUAUAUAUGUUUUCUUUACUUAAGAGAGUUUUAUGUUGAAAAAUGGGAAUAAUAAAAGAACAUUGUACUAGAUAGUGGGUUCUGUCAGACAUUUCUUAUACCCCUGUUCUUCAGUUCCUUACAGACUUAACAGCUUUGACCUUUUAAUAUCAGAAUUUAAAAGCUACAUAUGAAAUUAAACCACUGUACAGAAAAACAUGAGGUUUUGCACACUGCUAACUUUUUAAAUGAAAAUUAUAUGGAUAGAUAUUUGGUGCUAAUGUUAAACUGCUCUGAGCUAAACAUGUUUAAAAGGUAAAUGUGUUUACUUUGAAAUCUGUAUUGUCCUUAAAUUUAAAUUAGGUCAUGCUGGUCUAGUAAGGAUAUGUUGAUUGUAGCAUGCCUUCUGCAGCUUUUUAAAAAGAUGCUGUGGCACUCUAAUGUCUGUAACUAAAAUUUCUAACAACUAUGUAAACAUCUUUACUGUGAAGCCAUUGAUAGCAGAAUAGUAGUUUCUUGGACAUUACUCUUUUUAUGGUUUAUUUAUUUUAUGUAUAUGAGUAUACUGUCACUGCACCGUAUACUCACUCCACACUAUACUCCACUGUACACCAGAAGAGUGCACUGGAUCCCAUUACAGAUGGUUGUGAGCCACCAUGUGGGUGCUGGGAAUUGAACUCAGGACCUCUGGAAGAAGCCAGUGCUCUUGACUAUCUCUCCAGCCCUUGAACACUGCUUCCAAGUAACAUCACAGUAAAGCUGUUAGAGCUACAGCAGUUUUGUGUUUUCAGACUUAACUACAAAUACAAAAAACCUGGCCAUGGUGGUGGUGGUGGUGGUGCAUGCAUUUAAUCCCAGCAGAGGCCGGCACUCUCUGAGUUGGAGGCUAGCCUUGUCUACAGAGUAGGUUCCAGGAUAGCCAGGGCUAUACAGAGAAACCCUGACUUGAAAACAAAACAAACAAAUAAAAAAACAAAAGAACUGGAUGUAGACACACACACACACACCCUCCUUUAAUCCAAGACACACACUCCUUUAAUCCGAGCACUGGGAGGCAGAGUUCAGGACCAGCCUGGUCUACAAAGGACAACUAGGGCUACACUGAGAGGCAGAGUAUCAGUCAACUACACAGUUCAGGCCAGCAUAAUCUACAAAGUAUAUUCCAGAUCAACCAGGGCUACGUAUCACACAUAAUUUUAUUUUCAUCUUUUAAGUGGCUGUUUCAAGACAGCAUUAAUAAAUGCCUAUCUAACAUAUCAAAUCAAACCUGGUCACCAGGUUCUCCCACCAUCCCUCAGCUCCUAACUGAUUUCCACACCCUGCCUCCUAUAUUGAACUCUCCAGCCCCCCUACCAUGAAUUUUGCUACCCCCAACACACACAUACACACACACACACACAAAGUUGUAUAUAUUCUUUGAGAAAUUAAUGUAUUCUCAAAGAAGUCCUGUCUGCCAUUUUUCUGCCUUUUUGUGGAUUAGGUGUAUGAAAUACAGAUUAAUUCAGAGCAGAGUUACAAGGAGCUAUCCAUGGGCCAGUUUGACCCAAUUUUAUUUGAUAUACAUAAGGGUGGGCAUUCUUACAUACAGCUACCACUCUAUAUUUCCAACUCAGCCCUAAAGACCCUGGAGAUGUAGUUCUGUACUUAGACUUCAUGAUUUACCACUGUUGUAAGUAUAUCAUUUUAUCAAUGUAUUUUUAAUGUGGUGCUUUCUCUAUUAUAAUAUUAACAACAUAACAAUUUUUAAAAUAUUUGCCAAAUUUUAUAUUUCCUAAUAAAAAUCUAUUUUAGAAAUUA